AUGUCGGCCGAACACUCCUCAUCGGCAAAGACUGCCAAGAACGCCUUUGAGUCGGAAAAGAGAGACAUCGUCGUCGAUGUCGAUCGUAACGAUGUCACCGCCACCCCUUCCUCCAUCGAUCUCACCGACAAGGGCUCGGACAACAAGGAAGUCGAGCUCGACAAAAACGGCAAGCCCAUCGUCAAGCCCGAGCCAAAGAUCUCGUACCUGCAGCUCUACCGCUUCGCCUCUCCUUUCGAUUACUUCUGCGUCAUCCUGGGUACCAUCUGUGCUUUUGCUAACGGUGUCGGCCAGCCUUUAGUCGCUUUGUUGAUGGGAGAUGUCAUCAACGCCAUCGCCAAUCUUACCUCAACCGCGACCGGACCUGAGGCUGACGCUCUUAACAUCAAGCUCAUCGCUGAAAUGCGUGUCCUCGUCAUCAAGUUCACCGUUGUCGGAGCCAUCAUGUUCUUUGUCGCCUACGGCCAGAUGUGCCUCUUCACCCUCUCUGCCGAAAACCAGACCAAGCGUAUCCGCGAAAAGUACCUCCAUGCCAUUCUUCGCCAGGACAUCACCUGGCACGACAUCGGCAAGAAGAGCGAGUCCCUCAACUCGCGUCUCAGCGCCGACACCCAGUUGAUUUUUGAUGGUCUCGCUGACAAGGUCGGUAUCUGCCUCUCAUCCUUGGCCACCUUCGUCGCUGGUUUCGUCAUUGCCUUCACCCACGGCUGGAAAAUGAGUUUGGUCCUCUUGACUUCUGUCCCUUUGAUGGCUGCCGCUGGAGCCCUCAUGGCCAAGUAUGCUGGUGAAAAUUCCGCUGAUGGCCAGGAUUCCUACGCCGCUGCUGGAGGAUUGGCCGAGCAGGCCAUUGGCUCUAUCCGCACAAUCGCUGCUUUCGGUGGUCAGAAGCGUGAGCUCAAGAAGUUCAAUGUUGUCCUCGAGGAGGCCUACAAGUCUGGUGUCAAGAAAUCUAUUGCUACUGGAUUGGGCAUGGGUUCCUUCAUGAUGAUCAUGUUCUUGAGUUAUUCCUUGGCUUUCUACUACGGAUCCGGCCUGGUCAAGAGCGGAGAGAUGUUGCCUGGUAAUGUCUUGACUGUCUUGUUCGGUACCAUCAUCGGUGCCUUCUCCAUCGGUAACGUCGGCCCCAACAUCGCCAGCUUCGGCAAAGCCCAAGCCGCUGCUUACACCAUCUUCCACACCAUCGACCGCGUCCCCGCCAUUGACUCCUUUGAUCCCUCCGGUCUCAAGCCCGAGAACUUGCAGGGCCACAUUGUAGUCAAGAACGUUAACUUUGCCUACCCCAGUCGUCCCAACGUCCCUAUUCUCAAGGAGAUGAACAUCGAGGUCAAGCCCGGCCAAACCGUUGCCCUUGUCGGUCACUCAGGAUCAGGAAAGUCGACUAUUAUCGGUCUUGUCGAGCGUUUCUACGACCCUUCUUCUGGAACUAUCACCAUCGACGGCAUUGAGAUUAAGGACUUCAAUAUUCGUCACUUGCGUGACAGCAUCGGUUUGGUCUCUCAGGAGCCCGUUCUUUUCAACGCCACCAUCAAGCAGAACAUUUUGUACGGAGUCCGCAAGGAUCAGAAACAGCCCACCGACGCAGACAUUGAGAAGGCUUGCCAUCUCGCCAACGCCCACGACUAUAUCUCCAAGCUUCCCCAGGGUUACAACACCAUGGUCGGUGAGAGGGGCGCCCUGCUCUCUGGAGGUCAGAAACAGCGUAUUGCCAUUGCUCGUGCUUUGAUCAAGAACCCCUCGAUCUUGCUUUUGGAUGAGGCCACCUCUGCGUUGGAUACCGAGUCUGAACGUAUUGUCCAGGCUGCCUUGGAUAACGCUGCCACCGGUCGCUCGACCAUUGUCAUUGCCCAUCGUCUGUCGACCAUUAUGAAUGCUGAUCUCAUUUACGUUAUGGACCGUGGAGUUGUAUUGGAAUCUGGAACCCACGAGUCUCUCAUGGCCCUCGGAGGAACCUACACUGAAUUCGUCGCCAAGCAGCAGCUCAAGACAGGAGGAACCGAUAUCGAGGCACCCGAGGAGACCGCCGAACCCGACUCCAUCGCUGCUGCCGAACCCAAGGCACACAUUGUCAUUGAUGAGAAGGCCAGGCCUGAGGGAGCUCACACUGGUCGCCGCAUGAGCAACCUUCUCCGCCGUAUAUCGUCUCACCACUCGGACAACUCUGCCGCCAAGGGCCCUACCGUUGUUGAAAUUGAGGAGGACAAGGAGAUGACCAUGGCUCGAGAGAAGAAGGAGGCAGCUAGGAAGUUGAAACUCCAGAAGGCUCCCAUCUCGCGUACCAUCCGUUACUUGAAGCCCAACUUCCACAUCUGCCUUGCUGGUGUUUUCUGUGCCAUCAUCCAAGGUGGCCUCUUCCCCGGCUUCUCUCAGAUCUUCUCUGGUGCGAUCACGACUCUGACUAAGGUCAACGAGCUCGGCGACGAUUUCAUUCCCAAGGCCAACCACUACUCUCUUCUGUUCCUCAUCCUCGCCUUUGUCGGUUUCAUCGGUUUUGCCGGCGGCAUGUUCUUCUUUUUGCUUGCCGGUGAACGUCUUACCCGCGAGAUGCGUUUCCUGAGCUACAAGGCCAUCCUUAGCCAAGAGAUGGCCUUCUUUGACCGCCCCGAGAACUCGACUGGAGCCCUUGCCAGUCGUCUUGCCACCGAUUCCCAGCAAAUGUUCGAUAUGGUCUCCCAGGUCGUCUUGACCUCUGUCUCGUCUAUGGCUACCAUUGCCGUCGGUCUUGGAUUCGCUUUCAAGGCCUCAUGGCAGAUGACAUUGAUUAUUCUUGCUGCAGUUCCCAUCAUCGGUCUUGGACAGUACCUCGAGUUGGCUUCGUUAACCGGUUUCGGAAGCAAGACCCGCAAGGCGUACGAAAAGUCUGGUCAGGUUGCUGGUGAGGCCAUUGCCAACAUCCGCACUGUUGUCUCCCUUGCCAAGGAGGACGUUUUUGAGGCCCGUUACUUUGAGGUUACCCGUGAACCUCACAAGUACGCUCUCCACAAGGCUCUUUUCGCUUCGUUCGGUUUCGCUAUGUCCCAGGCUGUCGCUUACUGGAGUUAUUCUAUCGGAUUCUAUGGUGGUUAUCGUCUUGUCGAAGCCAACAUCAUCACCUGGGGCAAGAUGUUCGACUGCAUGUUCGCCAUUGUCUUCCUCGCCAUGAGUUUGGGUCACAUCACCUCGGAGCUCCCCAAGUAUGCCAAGGGCAAGCAGUCAGCCAUCAACGUCUACGAGCUCUUGGAUAAGGAUACCCUGAUCGAUGCCGACCGUGACGGUACCUCGCUCAAGACCAUCUCCGGCUCUCUUUCGUUGGAGAAGGUCGAUUUCCAUUACCCCACCCGCGAGAACAUCCAGAUCUUUAACGGUGUCGAUAUCAAGGUCAAGCCCAGCCAGACUGUUGCCCUCGUUGGCCCCUCGGGAUGCGGCAAGUCGACCAUCAUUGCCCUCCUUGAGCGCUGGUACGAUGUUGACGGCGGCAAGGUCCUCGUCGACAACUACAACAUCAAGGAUCUUCAGUUGCACAACAUCCGUGAGCACAUGGCUUUGGUCGGUCAGGAGCCCGUUCUGUUCGACAUGUCGAUCAAGGACAACAUCCUCUACGGCCUUCCCGAUAGCGAGGGUACGCUUGAGCAGGUCGAGGCAGCCGCCAAGCUGUCCAACAUCCACAACUUUGUCAUGUCCCUCCCCGACGGCUACAACACCUCGGUCGGAGACAAGGGCUCGCAGCUCUCUGGAGGCCAGAAGCAGCGUAUUGCCAUUGCCCGUGCCCUCAUCCGCAACCCCAAGGUCUUGCUCCUCGAUGAGGCCACCUCGGCUUUGGAUUCUGAGUCUGAGAAGCUUGUCCAGGAGGCGCUCGACAAGGCCCGCUAUGGUCGUACCACGAUUGUGAUUGCCCAUCGUCUCAGCACCAUUCAGGACGCUGACUUGAUCUUAGUCGUCAAGGACGGUGCCAUUGUCGAAUCUGGCCGCCACUACGAGCUCGUUGGCUUGGGCGGUGUCUAUGCCGACCUUUGCCAGAAGCAGAAUUUGUAG